UCCAAUUCCAAUGAUAUGUGAAGAGAAAAAUGGGCGGACAUCUCUUGUCUCUCUACCCAGCCACGCAGGCCUCAAGGCUCAAACGCCUCACCUCAAGCAUCCCAUUCUCAACCAUAAGAAGAUUCAAGCAUGGCAGGGAGGGGCAAGGGAUUGAUAAGGAGAGAGCACCGACGACGGCUGAGGAGUUUGAGAGGGUGGCUGAGGAGAAGAGCCGCCAAGGAUUCAGCAGCCAGACGGUGGAGAAGGCGAGCGAUGGCGCUUUAGAGGCUGCCGAGGCUGCCGUCGGCGACUCCAAUCCUCAGGCUGUCAAGGAAGCCUUCAAAGAACCUACUGGCAAAGGUGAUUUCCAUAAGGGAGGCGUCCACCAACGAUGAGCAUUACCUUCUUUUCUUUUCGUUUAGUACUAGUACUAUUUCUUUUUUUUAUUUUUCUAUUUUGUUGUGAAUUGUGGUGAAUGAUGAUGUUGUAAAUUUGGUCCCUCUUUUUACACCCAGUCUUAGUAUAUAAGAAUAACAAACACAUAAAUUUAUAUUA